GCGUGGCUGGGCGGGGGGUGGCGGCCCCCCCGGCCCCUCACCUGAACUGGGGGUUGUUGACCAGGGCCACCCCUAUGGCUGAGCAGCCUUGCCCAGAGACAGCCCUGCCAGCCCAGGUGAUGGCUGCAGAUAACACUGAAGCCUCUGUGCUCCAUGGCACACGCCGUGGCUCCCAGCCCCUAGCCCGGGGCUCCGAGGAAGGCAAACCACCACUGCUGCUCUCCCGCCGCAACUCCGUCCUCAGCCGCCGCAGCUCAUUCGGGGUGGUCCCGGGGAGCAGGCGCCCCUCCAUCGGCCCUUGGAUGUUCCACAGACGUGUUAGCUUCUCUGGGCUCCCCAUUUUCCAGCCCAUCCUCAAGGCCCGCCUCAGAAACACUUAUAGGAUGGGGCCAGACGAAGGCUGCAAGUUCAACGCGGAGCAGAUGCAGCGGGUGCUGGAGAGGGCCCUGGCCAGUGCCCUGGGGACCACUGUCUACAGCCCUCAGGGCAGUGGCCCACUAGCCCAGAGCUUGGUUGAGCUGCUGCAGAGCCGGGCCAAGGAGGUGGUGCCACCCCGCUACAAGCUGGUCUGUCAUGUGGUGCUGGGCCAGCAGGGCCAGCAGAGCCUGUUGGUGGCCAGCCGGGCACUCUGGGACCCUGACACAGACAGCUUUGCCUCCGCCACCUUCUCCAAUGCCUCCCUCUUCGCUGUGGCCACAGUGCACGGCGUCUACUUCGAGUAG